CGAACAGGCCUCUUCCAAUUGGGUGAGCAAACCUCCCCGUAUGCGGACAGCCUGUACGCAAUGCCAUGCGGCUAAGAUUCGGUGCAGCAGCAACAAGGAUGGCUGCCAGAGAUGCAACGGCCUUGGCCUUAACUGCGAAUAUGUUGUGUCCAUGGUCGGCAGGAUGCCAAAACGACAAUGCAAAGCCUCCGAUUCGCGUCUAGACAGGCCACUUCCUUCGCCUCCAGAGAGUCGGCCUUCUGAACCGUCCCGCACAAGAUCGUCUACAACCGCUUCUGCAAUCGGCCUUCCCCUCCUUGAUGCGAGCGACCCUAGCGACAGCUUCAAUAUCUCUCGUACGACGUUUGGAUCUAGACAGCCCCUGACGCAAACGGGCUCCAACGAGCGUCAGCUUUUGGAAUUUCUAGACGACGAGAGCUGGACAUCCGGAGGCGCAGCUUUCCCUGCCAGUAUCGACGAUGGCUGGUCUUUUCCUCCUGUCACAACCUUCGAGAUCGAGGGAUUCUCCAUGCCAUCAGAUCUCCAGCAGCCAAUGAUCACCAAUGGACAGUCUUCGUCAAUUACCACGUCAGUCUCGGAAUCGUCUGCUAUUCCCCCUAGCACAGCGAAUUUUCUUCCCAUGAGCCCGUGUUCGCCUAACCGGCAGACUGGGACUGGGUCAACUCAGAGCCGCCAGGAUUGGACCCAGUACGGACCCAUCGUUGCCCUUUGUAGGAUGGUACGCCUCCUAGAGGCCCAGAUACAUUCUCAGCCAACAUCUGUGGAUGAAGUCAUGAGGCUAAAUCAGACCUGCAUCAGGGACGUUUCAAAGAUAUCCUCGAAAACGGAGUACAUGCAAUGCAGGAGCUGCCCCGCUCUGAUUUCGACAAUCAUGGAGCUCAUCGUCACAAGGUACGAGGAUAUCACCAACGAUCAAAGCCGCAACCGGAUGUCCUGGGUUGCUGUAUCUAGGCCCAGCACCCCAUCUCUGCAGUUCGGCGUCUUUGAGCUGGAUCCCGAAGAACAGGCGUUGAUCCGCAAUCGAAUCAUACGCAAGGAGGCGCAGAAGUGUGUCACAAUCAUACGGACACUCAAACAAUUGCUCGUCGCCAAAUCGGCCACUGGAAACGACGUUUCUUCACAAUCCCACGCACUGCACAACUGGUACGAUGGUAUGGAGAAGAGAAUGACCGAUCUAAUCUCUAGUUUAAUCCCCGCUUCCUAAGCGGUCUCAGACAAGCGGCGUUUGCAAGGAUAGGAGAAUUCUGGAAUGGCGUUAUGCAUGAGGAAUUUUUGUUUGAGAUACAUGACAUAUCUCUAUUGCUAAUACAAGUUCGGGGAAUGCUUUCCAACUAGACUGGAUGUAUUAGCCACUCAACCAGUUUGAACCAAAUGCUUCGUACAUUCUUGAGGAGAUCCUCGUAUUCGAUGAGAUACGGGCUGCAUUGUUAAAGGCGUAGAUCAAUUAUUUCGGUACAAAAAAAGCUUGUGGUGAAAAGGUCAGACGAAUAUUAUGACGAGAAACACAUAUGGCGGUUUGGAGUUUUCAGAACAAAAGGAGCAGGCUUAUGAGUAUUCGGUAUACUAUAUACUACAAAAGGAGGAGAAUAGAGGUUUAGAAGGGCUCUCGUACAGAGGUCCUAAUAUACUUAUUGUUCGAGUUAAG